CAUGGACGGGUGAAGGUUAAAACCACAGCUGAGCAAGAAGAGGAGAAAAGGAAAGAGAGGGAGAAAAAGCUGAAAAUCUACAAAGCUGCAACACAGAAAGUAAUCCAAAAACGUCAGAACCAGGAACUUGAUGAUGAGCUGCUGCAUAUCACAGGGCAAAUCCUUCAGAGUAACCCCGACUACACUACCAUGUGGAACAUCCGUAGGGAGGUGUUCAUGACACACUUCAGUAAAAGCUUGAAAAAGAAUGUUGAAGAUGGUGUGGGAGAAUUGCUUCUCACUGAAACAGCCUUGCAGAAAAACCCAAAGUCUUAUGGAGCUUGGAGUCAUCGAGCCUGGGCCAUGGAAAAUUUCCCAGACAUGGAUUGGGUCAAAGAGCUACGCUUGUGUAAUCUUUUCCUUGACCAAGAUGAGCGAAACUUUCACUGUUGGGAUUACCGGCGGUUUGUAUGUAGUCAUACUAAGGUGACUGCUGAAAUGGAGCUGGCAUUUACCAUGGACCGAAUUGCAGCCAAUUUUUCUAACUACUCAGCUUGGCACUACAGGAGUUCAUUGUUGCCAAGUGUUCACCCUGGCCCGAGGGAAGGCACAGUUGAGGAGAAAGUCAUUUUGGAAGAGUACAACUUGGUCCAAAAUGCAACAUUCACGGAUCCUGGAGAUCAGAGUGCCUGGUUUUACCACAGAUGGUUGACAGGAAGACAAAGACCUGCUCUGGACUUUCUCUUGCUUUACAUUUCAAGGGAAAAUCAUAGGAUGAUUGUCCACCUGACCAGGCAUGUCACG